AUGUAUGAAAAUGUUCCAUCAGAGGAAAUAAAAGGAUAUAUGUUUGAUUUAUCAAAGAUUGUUGAAAGAAUUAAUGAAGAUCCUCAAAUCUACAAGUAUGACUUGCCAGAAAAUGAUUUAAUUAACUUUAAAUGUGAUUUAAAUGAAGAAGAGCAGUUUUCUAUAUUUGAUGACUUUGGGGAACCAAAAUACAAAUUGAUUAAUAAAUCUUUAUAA